CAACGUUAUACAAAAUGAGCGAUGCAACGGAGUUUAUUAUUAAAACAUUAAAAAAAUGGGGUCUGGAGAAAUGGUCAUUCAAAUUUUUAGAGCAAGAAAUAAGCCCUUCGUUAUUGUUAAGUAUUUCGGACGAAAUGUUAAUAGAAUUAAUACCUACUGUUGGUGCAAGAUGCACUUUUAUAGAAAAAAGAAAACAAUAUUUAGAACAGCAAUCUGCGAAGGUAGAAUAUUUCCAGUAAUGAAAGUGUUACCACGGAUUCUAUUACGGAUUCUUAUCAAACCUCUAUUGAAAAUACAUGUACAGAUAUAGAUAAAGAAAGGUCAGAACAAGAAAAAGAAUCUAAACAUUCAUAUAAUAAUCGAACGAAACAAACAAACAAAAUUAGAAGAAGCUGUAUGUCAAAAAUUAAAAGAUCCUGUGAUUAAAAAUGUGUACUC